UCACGAGACCAAGUCCCUCGGAGAGACGGGAUUUGAACUGCUGACCUUGGGCAUCGCUACCCCAUGUGUAACCACUACACCCCUGCGCUCGCAUGGGGUCGUACCGGUAUUAGAGGCGGGAACUGCCUGCUGCAGGGACACAGGGUGGAGAGAAAACUGUGGGGAAGCAGGAGCUGGGCCGCGCAUGACGAGAGCGUGUCGAGAAACUUCAUGGGGGAGUGGCUUUUGCAGUGACAGCCGAAGGAUGGCAGGAAGACUUUCCCAUGGUCUGAGGGGCUUCAGAAAAAGGCCAUCAUCGCUCAGUUUCAUUUUCCACCAACUUUUUGGAGCCCCUGCAUAUAUGGAGAGCUAUAGGACAAGGCUUUUAGUUCUCAGCACUCUUGCUUGUUUUCUGGCAGCCUCGCGUCAGAUGGCCCCAGAUGCAAACGCCACCCUUCCUCUAUUCACAGUCAGCUGUGUCAGGCAGUGGGUAGCUCCCUUUGGCCCUAAAUCAUCUCGACUUGUUGGGAACGACACACAGAGGACCAGUGUAAGAUAACCCAGCACAGGGUGUUCAGGAUCCUCAAGCCCAGUCCUUCACUCAGCAAAUAUGUACUGAGAGCCUCCUGUGACUAGUGCCCUCUGCUUCUAGCAGGGGCCAACCCAACCCGCCAGCCAAACCCACUGCCAUCCAGCCAAUGCCGACUUAGAGGGACCCGACAAGACAAGGUAGAAGUAGAACUGCCCCAGUGUGUUUCUGAGACUAACUCUGCAUGAGAGUAGAAAGCCUCAUUUUUCGCCCGCAGAGCAACUGGUGGUUUCGAACUGCUAACUUGAGGGUUAGCAGUUCAAUGCAUUAUUCGCUACGCCACCCAAAGUGGAGGAGUAAGCUAUAUUCUUUGCCCUCCGUGAGGUUAUAAUCGUAGCAAGUGUCAGGCAGAACUAAGGUGGAAAUAAAGAGGAGAAAGGUGUUCCUUCAGGUGUGCACAGGAGGGUCAUUCCAUUUUAAAUCUGUUGUUUGCGGAAAUGGGUUUGUUGUAAUCUUCGGUUCAUGGCAAUCAAUCACAAGUUCCCUGUUGAGUGAUUCCCAAGUGUGCGAAGCUCCAUGCUGGGUUCUUCAGGAAGUCCGUGGUCUAGUGGAGAAGAUCCUUGGGGACAGACGCCUCUCUCAGGACCCGCCUGGGCAGGUACACGCUACAUGCAGGAAGAAGUCAGAAGAGGACAGUCCAGCAGAAGUGAGGCGCCCAGACUGCACCAUGGCUGUGGCCCUGGAAUUCCAGGCCCAGGACUCUCCCUUGCCAGAGCCUGAGGGACUCCUGAUCGUGAAACUGGAGGAAGACUCCUGGGGAUCAGAGCCCAAAUCCCAGGAGGAGGAACCCCAGCAGCCGGUCCCUGUCUCAGAGGCCUCCCGCCAGCGCUUCAGGCAGUUCCAGUACAGGGAUGCAGCUGGGCCCCACGAGGCCUUCAGCCAGCUCUGGGAGCUCUGCUGCCGCUGGCUGAGGCCCGAGAUCCAUCUCAAGGAGCAGAUCCUGGAGCUGCUGGUGCUGGAGCAGUUCCUGAAGAUCUUGCCCAGGGAGGCCCAGAGCUGGGUGCAGGCCCGCCACCCCGAGAGCGGUGAGGAGGCGGUGGCCUUGGUGGAGGAUUGGCAUCGAGAGGCCCACGCCGCACAGCAGCAGGAACUGGAAUCAUAUGCAGAGACCAGGUCCUUAAAGGCAAUGCAGGAAACACAGAGCUUCCAGCUGCAGCCGGCGGACCACUGGCCUGAGGGACAGGCUCAAAAGCAGUGGACGAAGAAUCCAGACUCUGACCUUCCCAAGUAUCUCAACGCCAAGGUGGUGCCACAGUCCUUGCAAGAGAGCACUGUUCUCACUCCCAGAGCCUCUGCUCUCCUGAAGAUGGGACACAUUAGCGAUUGGGAGGUGGCCCCUGAAUCCCAGAAAGCGCUGGGUCCGAGGGAAGAGGAGUCCCUCAAGGAGCCCCCAAGAGGAGACUGUGGGACCAGCGUGUCCUUGGGUGUUCUCAGUUCAAAACCAAAUAGCAUCUGCCGGCGGGAGCAAGCACCAGCAUUUUGGGGGACAAGCCUGAUAACCUCUGGGAAGAGGAGCACGGCAGGCGAUUACAGCGUGGGUCAUGAGCAAGCGCGACCAGCUCAGGCCCUGGCCUGGAGGGCCGCAAGGCCCUGGGAUGAGCAGUACCAGUGUGCCGUGGAGGACAUGAAGGUGUCAGGUGUGCACUGGGGCUAUGAGGAGACCAAGACUUUCCUGGCAAUCUUGAGUGAGUCUCCUUUCUCUGAAAAGCUCCGGACUUGUCACCAGAACCGACAGGUGUAUCGAGCCAUUGCAGAGAGACUAAGGGCACGGGGCUUCCUGCGGACCCUGGAGCAGUGUCGCUACAGGGUCAAAAAUCUCCUACGGAACUACCGGAAAGCCAAAAGCAGCCGCCCGCCCGGGACCUGCCCCUUCUACGAGGAGCUGGAGGCCCUGGUGAGGGCCCGGUCGGCCAUUAGAGCCACAGAGCGCCCAGGAGGGGCUGUGGCACUCCCUAGGCUGGGGGAUAGUGACGUGGAGGUAGAUGAGCAGGAGGAAGGGGGCUGGGAGCCUGAGGAAACAGCAGAAGACUGUAAUGGUGAUGACCUGGCCAGUGAUGAAUCCGUGCCGGGGCCCAGGAUCCCGGGGGGCCCGGCUCUCUUCCAGAGUCGUAUUGCAGGUGUGCACUGGGGCUACGAGGAGACCAAGGCUUUCCUGGCAAUUCUCAGCGAGUCUCCAUUCUCUGAAAAGCUUCGCACCUGUCACCAGAACAGCCAGGUGUACCGGGCUAUUGCAGAGCGGCUGUGCGCACUGGGCUUCCUGAGGACGCUGGAGCAGUGUCGCUACAGAUUCAAAAACCUCCUUCGAAGCUACCGGAAGGCCAAGAGCAGCCGCCCGCCAGGGACGUGCCCCUUCUAUGAGGAGCUGGAUUCGUUGAUGAGGGCUCGGACUUCAGUUAGAGCUAUAGGGACCCUGAGGGAGGCUGCAUGCUUCCUCCGGUCUGGGCCAAACAGUACCAAGGCUGAUGACCAAGAGGCCUGGGACGAGAUGGGAGAUGAGGAUGCCAUCAACCCCCCAGCCCCAUGUCCUAAAACCCUAGACACUGGUUUUGAAUUGAGGCAUGAGGAUGAAGACCAGAUUUUAGAGCAGGACAUUUUUGAAGAUUUGCCUGGAGGAUUGUCAAAAUGUACUACCGAGGAUGCCUGCCAAACGUAUGAUUGGGAAGAAGAGAGUGACAAUGAAAAUGAAGGUGAAAGACAAUGGGGAAAUCCCCUACAGGAACAGUGGGAGAAAUCUUCUUCCGAAGAGGACUUAGAAAAACUUAUCGACCAUCAAGGUCUCUACUUGACAGAGAAACCCUACAAGUGUGACACAUGUGUGAAGAGCUUCAGCCGGAGUUCCCACUUCCUUGCCCACCAGCGGAUCCACACCGGUGAGAAACCCUACCCAUGCCUGGAAUGUGGGAAAAGCUUUAGUGACCGCUCCAACCUCAACACCCACCAGCGAAUCCACACUGGAGAAAAGCCCUACAAAUGUCCUGAAUGUGGGAAAAGCUUUAGUGACCACUCCAAUCUCAUCACCCACCAGCGAAUCCACACUGGAGAAAAGCCCUACAAAUGCAGGGAAUGUUGGAAAAGCUUCAAUCAGAGCUCCAACCUGCUGAAACAUCAGAGAAUCCACUUUGGAGGAAAUCUUGACCACUGUCGUGAGCCUGGGGAAAGCUUUGUCCAGAGCUCAUCCUUUAGUGCUCACUGGAGGGACUCUAUCGAGACAUCUCCCGAACAGUCUCCAAGUGGAGGCAGCAUCAAUAAGACGUUAAAUUCCCCUGGGCUGUACAGCACCAACUCGGGGGAAAAGCUGUAUCAGUGCUCUGAUUGUGGAAGAAGCUUCUCGAAGAGCUCUGCCCUCCUUAGUCACCAAAGAAUGCAUUCGGGGGAGAAACCGUAUGACUGUGCUGAAUGUGGGAGAAGCUUCAGCAAGAGAACUACCCUGGCCAGCCACCAGCGAACUCACACUGGGGAAAAGCCAUACAAGUGUGGAGACUGUGGGAAAGGCUUCAGUGAGCGCUCCAAAUUGAUCACACACCAGAGGGUUCACACAGGAGAGAAGCCCUACAAAUGCCUCGAGUGUGGGAAGUUCUUCCGCGACCGUUCUAAUCUCAUUACUCACCAGAGGAUUCACACGGGAGAGAAGCCUUAUAAGUGUAGCGAGUGUGGGAAAUGCUUUAACCAGAGCUCCAGUCUUAUCAUUCAUCAGAGAAUCCACACAGGGGAGAAACCCUACAAGUGCACCGAGUGUGGCAAAGAGUUCAACAACAGCUCUCACUUCAGUGCCCAUCGAAGGACCCAUGUGGGAGGGAAAGCAUCAUAGGGAUCACCCCCCCUCCCCUAACAAAGGAGAGAGAAAUGGAUACUUAAACAACUCCCGAGAUCUUAAGAUAGAGGCUAGAAAGAAACAUUCCCAAUUUGGGGGGUUGGUGUAUAUCCAGGAAAGUUACUUUGGAAUAACACAAGUAAGUUGGACAUGAAUUAGAGAUACUAAGGAUCUAUCUUUGAAGGCAUUUUCCUUAAAUGUAAUUUGCUUUUCUCCUAUGAAACACACACACACACAAACCUCAGGUAGUCCUUACAUUUGCUUUUGUGUCCCUGGGUGGCUCAAAUGACUUUAACUUAACUAUUAACUUAAAAGAUUUGUGGUUUGGACCCACCCUGUGGCACUGGGGAAUAAAGACCUGGCGAUCUGAUUCCAUAAUGAUUACAGCCGAGCAAAACUCUACUCUGUAACACGUGGGGUUGCCAGGGGUUGGAUUUUGAAAGUUUUAUCAGUGUUUGAGCCAAACUGGUAACUGAGAACCUCCAGAGGUACCUCUGGGCUUGAGCAGAGCUCCUGGCCAUUGGUGUGCCUUUACACGCUGAGUGUACACACACCCAAUCCGUCAGUAGUGGUUCUUGUACAGGGCCACUUCCAUUUGGGGCUUAUGCUCAUGGGAGAACUUUGAGACUGGUGAAAUGGGCAUAGUUGAGUAAAGGGUACAGAUAACAGUGGCAUCACUGUAUGCUUAUACGCUAGCCAAAAGAGCCAGAACAUAAGCAUAUGCUGUUUGUCAGGCUCUGUGUUGAGCAUGACAUAGACCACCCCAUUGAAUUCUCACAACAAAACCCAGCAGGUGGGUACCUAUACUCCUUCCCAGAGGAGAAAACUGAGGCACCAAGAAGUUAAAUAGCUUUCCAUUCCCAUCUGAGAGUGUCAGAGGCAGGAUUCAACCAUAGCUGUCUGUCUCCAGAGCCUUUACUGCUACACUGAAUUAAUCCCUUUCACAGAAAGACAGGUAGCUCAGGUGCCAGGAUCUCAAAGCACUUUAUAAACUACAUUUCCUGUUAGAAUUCCUUUAUGUAGUCUCCUUUUAACAAAUGUAGAACUGAGACUCUAAAGAUUAAAGGACUUAGGACAACUGGA